AUGCCUAAACUUGUAUUUGAUGACAAGUACUUGAAGGGCAUGCGUAAACUUGUAUAUGAUAUUCCAUUCUCAUAUACCUCAUCAAGUAGCAAAGAAAUUAACAAGCUAAUCAAGAAAUAUAAGUUUGUCAAUGCCAUCUUCCAUGUUUUGUUGCUACACAAUGGUCCGCUAUUAGAAUUCAGUAUCUCUAUUAACACCGAUACAAAAAUUGUUGAUGAGAUUGACCAGAUAAUAUUUCAUCUUUCAAAGAGCAAAAAUAUCAAGAAAUUCAUCUUUAAGUUUUGGUCAAAGUACGACUUCAGAUUACAAUAUGUUAAGCGCUACAAGCUACCCUCUGUGUUCUUUUCAUUGCAAGGACUAGAACAACUACAUCUGGCACAUUGUGUCAUUGAGCUUCCAUUAACAUUUGAUGGAUUCAUUACCUUGAGGAGUCUCGAGUUAUGCAAUGUCAACAUCACUGUGAAGACGCUUCAACAAUUACUUACAAAUUGUCCAAUACUCGAGGAAUUUAUACUGAUGGGAUGUCAAAACGACUCUACUACACAAGGAGACAAGUGUACAUUUCUUGAGCUAUCAGAGCGUUUACCUUUGCAACACGUUACUGCAGAUGAUAUGAAGAAACUCCUCACUUCACUAGUCCACUUGAGGAUACUUUGUUUUGAUGUGUGUUUUCAGAAAGAAGAUGGGCUUUCAUAUGCUCUCAGUGUGAUCAGCAGCUCCCCAAAUCUGGAGAAGAUAAAAAUAGAGCUGUGUAUGAACCAUAAGCUCUGUGGUGAAGAAACUUGCAAGGACUUGCUUGAUCUUCAAGACUAUUUGGGCAUCAAUUUGGAUCAUCUUGAAGAAUUGGAGAUAUCAAAUUUCAGUAACUAUGAUCCAGAGAUGGAGUUUCUGAAACUCAUCAUGGCUAAGUCACCUGUGCUUAAGAAAGCACGAAUAGAGCUCAGUAAAUCUGUUUCUGUUGACAAAGAAGUGAAGAUGCUUCGAGAUUUGCUACGAUUAACAUUUCCACGUGCAUCACCAGCAGUGGAUAUCAUUAUUGAACGCUAA